AUGGAGUUAAACGAAUGGAAAUGUCCAGAGGAAAAAAAGAAAGAAGAAGGAUGUAUGGCCGGCGGCAGCAAACUGGUAUAUAAGAUGCCUUUUGUCCCAUUUACCGGAGUUAAUAACCAUUAUCAAUCCAUUUUAGUUGGUUGUGCUCUUUUUUGGGAUGAAACUCAAGAAACUUUUGAGUGGUUACUUCGCACUUGGCAAGAGGCAAUGUUUGGUGUUAUGCCUCGUACAAUUAUCACAGAUCAGGAUGUUGUAAUAACAAAAGCAGUUGUGUUUCCAUAUUGUGCACACCACUUUUGCAUGUGGCACAUUGAGAAGAAAAUUCCUGAAUAUUUAAGUCAUGUCUGUCAUCACUUUGAUGAUUUCAAAACAAAUUUUAGUAAGUGUCUACAUGGUACAACAACGCCUGAGGAAUUUGAAGCUGCAUGA